AUGGCUGCGACUUCUCGAGCCGUCUUCCACCUCCUCCCGCUCCUCCUCCUCCUCCUCGUUACAUCAGCGUCUGCUGCGCGCCGCCCGCCGCCAACCAAGGCGCAGAUCAAGGCAGAGGUGUCGCGGAUGGCGAAGCGGCUGCUGCAGCGCUACCCGCAGUACUCCAAGUUCUCAAAGGACUUCAACAAAUACGUCAACCUCGCCAGUCGGUUCUGCUCCCUGACUCCUCCUCCCUGUUUCGUCCUCCCUGCUUCCUCCUCCCUGCCUCAUUCUCCCUGUCUCAUUCUCCCUGCAUCAUUAUCUCUUGCUUCCUCUCUUUUCCUGAACUCCAAGUACAACUUCUCAGCACUUGCUGACGCCACCCUCCUCAUUCCCAGCAACACAGCGGCAGAGGCGCUUUCCAAGAGGCUUCCUUUCACAACCAAGAACAUUCCCAGGGCCUACAACGUCACAGCCUAUCACGUCAUUGCAAAACGUUUCGUCCUGCCCAAGAUCAAGGCCAUGCGGGCAGGCCAGCCACUGCCAACCCAGCUGCGACAGGCUCUCUACAAGCUGACCGGCAGGAACGGCAGUGUGGUGAUGAUCACUGUGCUGCUGGCUGUGGGAGGGGGAGGUGGUGGGGUUGUGGCGAGCAGGGUGGUGAUUCAUGGCGUGGACCGUGUCUUGCUGCCUUGA